AUGGCUUCCGCAGUGCUCCCGGGACGUCCGGGAAACCUAACCUCCGAGCAGGAGGAGAAAUUGCGCAAGCUCUGGGCCUCCAUCUUCCAGCUCUGUGGUGUCGCCGACGAGGACAGCUCCAGUGCUGCCGAGAUUCUUACCCCGAAGAACAAGGAAGAGACCAAUGUGGCCGAAGCCGACGCCCCUAAGAAGAAGCGGUUUGGCGUUUUCCGGAAGAACCGCGGUGACUCCAAGUCCGGAACCUCAACUCCAACAUCCACCGAUUCUCCCGCAGCCGGCGAGGAUGACAAAUAUGGCCAGACGAAACACUUCUACGAGACGUUGGCUAACGAGACCCCCGAGUCUAUUCGCGCCACCAUAUGGGACAUGGUCAAGCACGACCACCCCGAUGCCUUGGUUCUGCGCUUCCUCCGAGCGCGCAAGUGGGAUGUGGAGAAGGCUCUCGUGAUGCUCGUGUCAACAAUGAACUGGAGGCAUACAGACAUGCACGUUGACGAUGACAUCAUGAAGAAUGGUGACAGCUUCGCCAUUGAGGAUGAGAAGACUAGUUCCUCCACGAAGCAGGUCAGCCAAGAUGUCAUGGCCCAGCUCCGCAUGGGUAAGAGUUUCUUGCAUGGAACCGACAAGAAUGGUAGACCGAUUUGCGUUGUUCGCGUCCGGCUGCAUAAGCAGGGCGAACAAUGCGAGGCGAGUCUCGAGCGAUACACCGUCUACAUUAUUGAGACGGCACGUAUGGUCCUCCAGCAACCUGUUGACACUGCCUGCGUCAUCUUCGACAUGACGGGCUUCUCCAUGGCCAACAUGGAUUAUACUCCUGUCAAGUUCAUGAUUAAGUGUUUCGAAGCAAACUAUCCUGAGUCUCUUGGAGCAGUCCUUGUUCACAAGGCCCCGUGGGUUUUUCAAGGCAUCUGGAAGAUUAUCCGUGGCUGGCUGGACCCUGUUGUGGCGAGUAAAGUGCACUUCACCAACAACAGGACGGAGCUGGAGGAAUUUAUCGAGCCCAGCCACAUAAUUAAGGAGCUCGAGGGCGACGAGGAUUGGGAGUACAAGUACAUUGAGCCGAUUGCUGGUGAGAAUGACAAGAUGAAGGAUACUGCAACGCGGGAACGCCUUCUCGAGUCACGCGAGGAGCUCGUCAAGAAGUUUGAACACGCCACGCGGGAAUGGAUUCGCAACUCAGAGGGAGACCAGGCCAAGGACAUCAAGGCUGAGCGAGAGAAGCUGGCACAGCAACUGAGGGCGGAUUACUGGGUCCUCGAUCAAUAUAUUCGAGCGCGGACGCUCUACGACCGUCAGGGAGCAAUCCAGGGUGGUGGAAAGACGGAUUGGUACUCAGCACCCAAGGCAGCGGUGCCCCCAGCGCCAGUGCCCUCGACUUCGGCCGACGAUGUAGACUAA